AUGACUAGCUGGGUACUCUUUCCUCGUCUCCACCUCGCCGAAAUCGAAGACCAAUCUUGGUGCCCAUCGUGGCUUCGAGAACACACCCACAGAGCCUUGGCUCGCAUGUGGCAGACAUCCAAUAGCAAGAAUGGUUCUCCUGCGACCCAAGCCUGCGACCUUCUCCUCCGAACCCUUCGUGGACCACAAAAUGCAUCUCAAUUCACCUUCGUCGAUGCUUGUGCUGGUGCUGGAGGCCCAACACCCUUAUUGGAGAAGAAGAUGAACGAAAAAUUGACCGCGAGCGGAUAUAAGCCUGUUGACUUUGUCCUCACUGAUCUUUGGCCGGAUCUGAAGGCUUGGGAGGCCAUUGCCAAACGCAGUGAGCAUAUCUCGUUCAUCAGGGAGCCAGUGGAUGCUACGAAACCCCGAAGGAUGGCAAAGCCAGGAACUAAGGAGUGUCGCAUUUUCAACCUGUGCUUCCAUCAUUUCAAAGAUGACGCCGCGCAAAAGGUCCUUUCCAGUGCGGUGCAGAGCACAGAUGCUUUCAUGAUCUUUGAGAUGACGCACCGAACGAUUCCUUCUCUCUUGAACACUACGAUCGUCAUUUUGUCAGUGUUCUUCACCACACUGUACGACUUUUACUGGUCACCAACACACCUGCUGUUUACGUAUCUCAUCCCGAUCGCACCGAUAUUUUAUGCUGUGGAUGGGUAUGUCUCCUGCACACGAGGUCGUACCGCGGAGGAGACAUGGGCGCUCCUGGCUCGCCAGAAGGGUCUGGAUCUCAGUGAGUGGGUUCUGGAAAGCGGAGAGCAAACUGCGUUGCUGCCAUUCGGCAAGUUGUACUGGUACUCGGGCGUGAAGCGUACCCAUGAAUAGUGAUGGAAUCGAUGAGCUCGCCGUGAGACUUGGCUAGUACGAGGUUGUAUAUUACGCGCAUGAUGAAAAGCCAAGCUGUACAUCGCAAAGAUUACUCUCUCCACAUUCUAAGGUAGGAGACGGAAACGGGUAUCUCACAUUGUAAACAGAACUGAAGCAAGUUCACUGAUGCUG